AAAUCGAAAAAGAGGAGAAGAGAAGAAGAAAAAGGAAUAGAAAACAGGGGAGAAAAGAAAAACAGAAAAAAAAAAAAAUCAAAAAAAGAGGAGCAGAGAAAAUUAUAGAGGAAGAUAAAAGAAGAAGAAGAGAAGAGAAGAGAAAAACUUACCUUGAAACCCUAGAAUUGGAGGAGAAGAAGAACAACGAAGAAGAUGCGCUCUUUGCAGUAAGUCAAAAGAGAAGCGUGUAGAAAUGCUCCCAAGUAUAGAGCCCUAUUGUAACACAAGCCUUAUUGAACUAUUGAAGUAAGGAGAAUAUGAAGGGACAAAAGAAUUUCUGUAAUUGGUGGACUGGUGGUGUACAUGAUGUUGGAAAAUUAGGGAGGAGAAACAGUUUCAAUCACUCAAAUUCUUUCUUGAAGUUUUGUGACUUUGGCCUUGCAAAGUGUCUUCCCAAAAAGCAAAGACAUCAUAACGUGGGCAAGUUUGAAGGCACAUUUGGGCAUUUUGCGCCUGAGUAUUUUAUGCAUGGCGUUGUUGAUGAGAAAACCGAUGUAUUUUCUUUUGGUGUGCUGCUAUUGGAGAUAAUAACUGGACGAAGAACUUUAGAUGAUUCACAACAGAGCCUUGUCCUUUGGGCUAAGCCUUUGCUCGAUAAGCACGACGUGAAAGGACUAAUUAAUCAUGUUCUUGGUGAUAAAUACAAUCCAAACGAGAUGGAGCGUAUGAUUCUAACUGCUGGCUUAUGUGUAGAAUGGAAUCCACUUAAGCGGCCUCGAAUGAAUCAGGUUUUUGUCCUGCUGGGGACUGAUAACGAAUGCUUACAAGCAGAAAUGGCUGCGAAGGAGGACAUAUUCAGAAGAACUCAUGAAUGCAGCACAACUCAACAAAAUGCAUGAAUGAUCUUAAACAACUUAGGCUAAGACAUUCAGUUUCUGAUGACAACAUUAAGACCUCAGCUACUUUGAUUACCAAAGAUAGGUAAAAGUAAGAAAUUGCUUUUCCUGGUAACAAUUUGGCUUUGUUUUUUGACAUGUCAUAAUCUAUGGUACUGAGACUGUUAUGCUGGCAAUAAUUAGGCGUUUGGCCAUGAAAACUAAGUAUUUUUCACUUUAUUUGGAAUUUGAAGUUGGAGUUGUGUUUGGUUA